AAUUGGAGGAGAGAUUCUUGCUGCUGCUCUUCAGGGAUUGCUGCUGUUGGAGGAAGGGGGUAGGGGACGACAUUUGGAGGUGUGUGUGCAUGUGUGAGAAGAUGCAGAGUGCAUUUGACUGAGGUGUCUGGGCACUGGGAAACACUGCAGGAAGAGAGGCAGAGAGAAGAGGAAGCAAGAAUAAGACUGAAGUGCAGAGCAGCUGUUUCUCCUAACACUCUGGUUCUUUUGGGUGCCUCUGUGAAUGUGAACAUGGAUUCUGUCACUGAAAGCUUCUUCAAGCUGCUGUUUCUGUUAUCUAUUCAUGACUGGAACACAGUAGUGGCAGGGAAUAAAUACAAUUGUGAUGAUCAGCUGGUGUCUGCCUUGCCUCAGUCAUCAUUCAGCAGUUCAUCAGAGCUGUCUAGCAGUCAUAGUCCUGGAUUUGCAAGGCUUAAUAGAAGAGAUGGAGCUGGUGGUUGGUCUCCUCUUGUGUCCAACAAAUAUCAAUGGCUCCAGAUUGAUCUUGGGGAGAGAACUGAGAUCACUGCUGUUGCUACUCAAGGUGGAUAUGGGAGUUCAGAUUGGGUAACAAGCUACCUCCUGAUGUUCAGUGAUAGUGGAAGGAACUGGAAGCAGUACUGUCAAGAAGAAAGCAUUUGGGCUUUUUCAGGAAACACAAAUGCAGACAGUGUUGUGCACUAUAAGCUCCAACAUUCCAUCAAAGCAAGAUUUCUUCGUUUUGUCCCCUUGGACUGGAAUCCUAAUGGUAGAAUUGGAAUGCGUAUUGAGGUUUACGGAUGCUCGUAUAGGUCUGAGGUGGCUGAUUUUGAUGGGAAGAGUUGCCUGCUAUACAGAUUUAAUCAAAAGCCCAUGAGUGCAUUGAAAGAUGUAAUUUCUCUGAAGUUUAAAACAAUGCAGAGUGAUGGGACUCUACUCCACAGAGAAGGACAGAAUGGAGAUCACAUCACACUGGAAUUAAUGAAAGGAAAACUUUCAUUGCUCAUUAAUUUAGGUGAUGCUAAAAUUCAUUCUGCUAAUGCCCAAAUUAAUAUCACCCUGGGCAGCCUUUUGGAUGAUGAGCAUUGGCAUUCAGUCCUCAUUGAACACUUUAACAAUCAAGUAAACUUUACAGUGGAUAAACAUACUCAUCAUUUUCAUGCAAAGGGGGAAUUCAAUUAUUUGUACCUUGAUUAUGAGCUCAGCUUUGGAGGGAUCCCAAUAUCUGGAAAAUCAGGGACAUUGUCACGCAAGAACUUUCAGGGGUGUUUUGAAAACAUUUAUUACAAUGGAGUGAACAUUAUUGAUUUGGCCAAAAGACAUAAACCUCAGAUAUACAUUGUGGGCAAUAUAUCCUUUUCUUGUUCAGAGCCACAGAUGGUUCCUGUUACAUUUCUGAGUUCCAGUAGCUAUCUAGCUCUGCCUGAUAUGUCUGGGCAAGAUGAAGUAUCCAUCGGUUUUCAGUUUCGUACCUGGAACAAAGAGGGACUUUUGUUAUCCAGUAAACUAUAUCAGGCUUCAGGUGGUCUCCUUCUGUAUCUGAGUGAUGGAAAAAUUAAAAUGAGCCUUUAUAAACCAGGAAAACCACAAAGUGACAUCAGUGCAGGUGCUGGAUUAAACAAUGGUCAGUGGCAUUCAGUUUUUUUAUCUGCCAAAAGGAAUCGUAUGAGUAUAAUGGUGGACAAUGAUGGAACCUUAUCUGCUCAUGCUACAGUACCUAUGCAGAUUUAUUCAGGAGACACUUACUAUAUUGGAGGGUGUCCUAAUAAUGGUAAUGGUUCUGACUGUAAAAGUCCAUUUGUUGGUUUUCAAGGAUGCAUGAGACUCAUUUCCAUUGGUAACAAAGCGGUAGAUCUGAUUUCAAUUCAGCAAAACUCCCUUGGUAAUUUCAGUGACCUUCAGAUAGACCUGUGUGGCAUUAUAGACAGGUGUUUGCCUAAUUACUGUGAACAUGGUGGUGAAUGUUCACAGUCUUGGAACAGCUUCUACUGCAAUUGUACAAAUACAGGAUACAUGGGGGCUACCUGUCAUUACU